AUGAAGAAGGCGAGAGAAAAGUCAGCUGAGGCAAUGUCUGGAUCAAUUUUAAAAUAUGUGGUACCCUCAACUUCUUCCGAAGUAGGAGAAGAUACUGAAGACAUUCAAUCUAGUAAAACACCAGAAGUAUCUUCUCAAGGUUUAUAUAAAAAUAUACAAGAAUUGGAGGAGGGAGAUGCCAGCAAAAGUUUGCACCAGGAAGACUUUGUUGAAGAGGAAGAGGAAGAAGAAGAGGAGGAGGAGGAGGAGGAGGGAGAUGCCAGCAAAAGUUUGCACCAGGAAGACUUUUCUGAAGAGGAAGAGGAAGAAGAGGAAGAACAGGAAGAGGAGACUGGUAAACUAUCAGUUUAUUCUGAUAUUGCUGCUUGGCCAGUCCCAGUUCCAGAUGACUUAAAAGUGGACCUCAUUAAAAGGGGAAGUGAACCUUUCCAAAAUAGGGAUGGGCCUUUCAGUGUGGUUCAAAGGCAAGGAGAGAAAUCAAAAGGGACGAGUCGACAGCUGACCACAUCAUGGUUCUAUAAAGCUCUGCCAAAUGGAGAGAAAGUUCUUAGAACGUGGAUGGUGUACUCUCCUUCAAAAGAAAGUAUGUUUUGUUUUUGCUGCAGACUUUUUGCUGUUAAUGAAGACACAACCAGAACUUCCAGUUUUGUCACUGGGUUUCAAGUGUGGUGGAAACUGAACCCAAGGGUGCCUGAUCAUGAGGCUUCUGAACUGCAUCUUACAUGCUUGGAGAAAUGGAAGACCUUGAGAGCAGGAUUGAAGCUACAUAAAUGCAUUGAUCAAGUCCAUCAAACAACUAUGGACAAAAUGAAAAAGACAUGGAGGGAUAUUUUGCAUUGCCUCUUGGAUGUAACUUUGUUUCUGGCUCGCCAGAAUCUACCUUUUCGUGGUCAUAGAGAAACCAUGGCAUCAGCAAACAAAGGAAACUUCCUGCAAUUGGUAGGCUUGCUCUCAAAUUAUGAUCCAGUUUUAAAGGAACAUUUCAUAAGACUUAAACAUUCUAUUACAUCUGGGAAGAGAAUGUACUCCUAUUUGUCUCCAAAAAUUCAGAACGAAUUCAUUUGUCUCCUGGGGAAUCACGUGAAAGAGAAAAUAGUGGCUGACAUCAAGAAAGCAAAGUACUUUGGGAUUCUUUUUGACAGCACCCCUGAUGUGUCCCACACUGAUCAGAUGUGUGAGGUGAUUAGAUAUGUCCACAUUGAAGGUGACCAUGUUAAAGUAAAGGAAUCUUUCUUGGGCUUCUUCCCUAUUGCUGGAAAAACUGCUGCUGACCUCACAGAAAAUAUCCUAAAACAUCUGGGGAAAGAUGGAUUGGACAUAAGCCUUUGCCGUGGUCAAGGAUACGACAAUGCUGCAACUAUGGCAAUAAUUCAUGGUGGUGUUCAGGCAAAGAUAAAAGAGAUUAAUCCAAAGGCUUUGUUUGUGCCUUGUGCAAACCAUUCUCUGAACCUUUGUGGGGUGCACUCAUUUGGAAGUGUUGCUUCCUGUGUGACUUUUUUUGGAACAUUGGAGAGAUUGUAUUCCUUCUUUUCAUUUUCCACUCAUCGUUGGGAACUGCUGAUGGAGAAUGUAGGCAUGACAGUGAAAAGACUUUCCCAGACAAGAUGGUGUGCACAGUAUGAUGCUGUGAAACCUGUGAGGGCAAAUUGA